AUGUCACAAAAAGCAUGUGUAAAGCGCCUUCAGAAGGAAUUUAGAGAUCUAUGUAAAGAACCUGUUUCACAUGUUGUGGCACGUCCUCUUCCAAAUGACAUCCUCGAGUGGCAUUAUGUUUUGGAGGGAAGUGAAGGGACACCAUUUGCAGGUGGAUAUUACUAUGGAAAGAUUAAGUUUCCUCCUGAAUAUCCAUUCAAACCUCCAGGAAUCAGUAUGACUACUCCGAAUGGCCGCUUCAUGACCCAAAAGAAAAUAUGUCUGUCUAUGAGUGAUUUCCAUCCUGAAAGUUGGAACCCCAUGUGGUCUGUCUCAAGCAUAUUGAAUGGACUCCUUUCAUUCAUGAUGGACAGCAGUCCUACCACAGGCAGUGUGACAACUACCGUUGAAGAGAAACACAGACUUGCAAAGGCUUCUCUUGCUUUCAAUUGUAAGAACCCUACAUUCAAGAAACUGUUUCCAGAAUACGUUGACAAGUAUGAAGAGCAGCUUGCAGCCGAGAAAUCUAAACUUGAGCAGGACACAUCUGCACAUACUCAAGAUGGACUCUUAAACCCUUUGUUAGAGAAACAUGGGGCAAAGGCAGAGUUGAAAAGAAUCGAAGCUCCAGAGGAGUUAAAUAACCAGAGGAAGCAAUCUUUUCCAGUUUGGUUGUUGCUGUUACUGCUUUCCAUUUUUGGUGUUGUAAUGGCUCUGCCACUACUACAACUUUGA